CCAUUACCCAAAAGUAAUUGCCCGAGACUCAUAACAGGUCAGCCAUGAGGCUCUCAUGGGUUGGGCUAUGCCAAGCCGAGAGCAAGACCCAUGUUUAAUUUUCUUUUAAUAUUUUUAAUAAUUUCUUUAACUUCUCCAAACGUAUUCAUGUCUGAUAUCUUGUCUCGGCCCGUGAUCUCACUCACUCCGGACCAAGUUCCCAUGUUUUGAGUUUCUGAAUUUCUUGGCUUUGGAUCGGAGUUUGACUUGUGGUUUCCUUUGCUCCUAUAUUUACCACUGCUGCCAAGUUCGUGAUUUCUGGAUUCUGUCGACCAGAGUUGAUCUUGCCAUAUCACAAGGAUGACAACUACAGCUUGUUUUAUCAUUGUAAGCCGAAAUGACAUCCCAAUAUAUGAAGCUGAAGUGGGGUCUGCUGCUAAAAGAGAAGAUGCUGCUCAGCUGCAUCAAUUCAUAUUACAUGCAGCUCUGGAUAUCGUUCAAGACCUUGCAUGGACCACUAGUGCGAUGUUCUUGAAAGCAAUUGACAGAUUCAAUGAUUUAGUGGUAUCAGUUUAUGUAACAGCAGGUCAUACACGAUUUAUGCUACUUCAUGACUCUCGUAAUGAUGAUGGAAUCAAGAGCUUUUUUCAAGAGGUCCAUGAGCUUUAUAUAAAGAUUCUUCUUAAUCCACUCUACUUGCCUGGUUCACGCAUUACAUCAUCACAUUUUGAUACAAAAGUUCGUGCCCUUGCAAGAAAAUAUCUAUAGGCAGUCACUUGUCAUGUUAAAGAACUUGAGAUGUUACGCAAAUGAGCUUUGCACAAUUCUGCUCCCUCUAACCUCUCUCUCUUGUCACAUUUGAUCAUAUAUGGUGAAAAACAAAGCUUUUUCGGAUUUCAGUUUGUGUUUACAUAAUUACUGGCUUUGUUUUUCACUCUUUAGGCUUUUCUCUGUUUAUGCAUUUAUCGCAAAUAGUAAACGACAACAUGUUUGGAAAGUGAUUCAUGUUAAUGGUAAUCAAAUGAUAACAUCUGAUGGCAUUUAG